AUGUGUAAUCAAUCACUGUUUGCUGCCAUACGUAUAGUUUUAUUCAUAGCUACCGUCACCACCACCACUACUACUGUCUUAGCCACUAUCAUCAGUCAUCAUCAGCACCGGCAUCAAGAUAUAGAUGCGAAUGAAAAACCAGCAAAAAAAUUGGACAUUCAAUCAUCGGAUGAUAAUAGUAGUAAUAAUGUCGACAAAUCAUUGACAUCAACGGUGGCCACCAAUUUGUUAGCCGCCGCCGAAAGCAACAAUCAAUUGCUAAUCGCUAACAACAACAACAAGAAAAAUAAUUCAAGACAUCAUAGGAUGUCAACUAUAGAUGAUAUCAGUGAUGGUAAUCACAGGUGUAGUAUACAAGACAUGCUUAUUGGCGGCGGCGGCAACUGUCCCAUGAGGUCAUCGUCGUCGGCAUCGGUAGCCGGCGUAUGUCGACCCAACUAUCAGCCGGCGCUCAUUCAAGGCAACACUGCUGUCGUUAUUACCGACGAUAUUAUCCAUGACGCCGGCCUGACCAGCGAUAAGUUGCGGUCGAUGGUCGAUAGCGGCACAAUUAGCUGUGUACCCAACGAGUCGGUGGCUGUAUCGGUGGCCAACUCGGUUCACAACAAUAAUAUUAUCGACAUAACCCGCACCACUACCACCACUACACCGUCAUCAGUGACCACCACAUCGGAUGAGAUGAAUCGUAUACUGUUGACAAUUAUACUGAAUCUAAUGACUAGAAAUACCGGUGCUAUCGGCGGUCAGGCCGAUAGGUUACCUAAUUUGUGUCCGACCUGUUCCUGUAGUAGUAGUAGUAGUAGUAGUAGAAACUGUGUCCACUCGUCGUCUACAUCAUUGGAUACCAUAUCCAGCAGCAGCAGCAACACCGGUAAUAGUAGAGCUCCCGUUGGUGGUAGUGGUGGUGGUGGCCAACCCUCGGCUGCCAGCGACCCGUUAUCACAGUUGGCCAAUGCUAUCAUCGGUAUGGAACAGUUGAAACUGGAUCUACUAAAACAAAAAGUCCAAUCAGAUGCCCGAUUGAUUAACAAUAAGAUAGCUAUGGAUUUGAAUUUAAUUAAAGCACAGUUAGGUCUAAGACAAUCGCUGGUCAACUCUAUAGUCAACUCAUUGGGUGCCGUCGGCUCUGGCGGUACCGGCAAUAGUAACAGUAAAAAUAAUAAUAAUAAUAAUAAUAAACAAAAUUAUAGGCAAUAA